UUCAGCUUCAUAACUGUCGCCAACUGUCGGAAGGAUAGCAAGUGUUUCUCUGGCCCAAAGAUGAUACUACAGAACGGUACCAGGCAGAUGGUGAUCAUCUCGCUCUUUCUCCUAAUCAACACACUCUACGACGCAACAGCAGCCCUUGAGCAGCCGUUCGCAUUGCUGGACUGUCCACCGGAAUGCUUGUGCGAACGAAUCCAGGAUCCACCAGUGGAAUUAACGAGCAAUGAACAGAACAUCCCGGAAGUCGGUUCAGAUGAAGAGGGAGUUAAUAUGGCCGUCCAUGCUCUGUGCAUGGUUGGCCAAGGAUCCGCAUUUGUGAAGAUAGAAGAUUUGCUUUCGUUGGAUACAACCGUGUUGAAGAUCACCUAUACCUCACAAACGGAGAACUACCAGUUGAAUGCCUCGAACCUGGUCCGGUUCGCCCAUCUACGAGAACUGCGCCUCCAAUCGGUGAAACCACACAUGCUAAGCUUCGACAUUGAUGUCACACUUCCGGUCGAAAGGCUUCAUUUGGAGUCGUUGGACCUACUUAAAAGCGAACUGCCCAACGUUAUCGAUCGAACCGUACCGACCAUGGCGGAUCUAGGGUUGGGGCCAUCGGCUACUGCCAACGAUCAGCAUUCCGCUAGCGCAUACGAGAUCGUCGACCAUAGCAUGGAGAUUGUCACCAACGGGGAGUCUGAUGAGAGCUCAAAUGCCCUUAUCGAAACAUUCGAACUCGAGAUCGUUCCGUAUGAGGUGUAUAAGCGUGAUCUGGCCAGCACCAACAACAUAUCGUUCUACGGCUGGACCAAUCUAACCAGCCUAGCCAUACACGAUUGCCAGCUCGAAUCACUACAUCCCGACUUCCUGUACGGACUCGAGAAACUCCAACGGCUUUCGCUCCAGCACAACAACCUGAAGGUGCUGCCGGCAUUCGCUUUCUAUGGCGCUCCAAAUAUCCGCGUUCUAUCGCUCGCCAACAACCGAUUGCUGGAGGUCAGCUACUAUUCGCUGGCCGGACUACUCGAGCUCCAGGUGUUGGAUCUUUCAGCGAACAACAUUUCCAAAGUCUCGGAGCUUACCUUUCCACCAUUUCCGCGCCUGGCUAAGCUGGAUCUGCGCCAGAAUCCAAUCGAUUACGUCUUCGACAACUCGUUCGUGAUUGCCAAUAUGACCCGCUCGCUGUUCAUCGGUAGCGACACGGUCGGAUUGAAGGUGGCCACUAGGAAACCCUUCCAAGGUCUCGCUCAGAUGGAACUCCUCGAGAUUCGAAAUUUGCACCAGCCAACCUUGACUCAGUAUCUGUUUCGUGGUUUGAGUGCGCUUCGCACACUUCGAUUGUUGGAAGGAAACAUUUCCUUCAUCGAGUAUGAUAGUUUUGCCGAGAUGAAAAACCUCACCGAAUUGUCCGCCGCUCACUGUGCGAUCGAGGCCAUCUCGAUGGAUGCGUUCUUUGGCGUCAAGCGGUUACGUACGAUCGAUAUUUCCUUCAACCGGCUUACCGAGCUUCCGGUCGGCCUGUUCGAUGAGCUACUUCAGCUGGUGGAAUUGUACCUGCAGGGCAAUCGCUUAACGCAGUUGCCGACAGACUUUUUCCGUCGGCUUGCUCCAUCCGUCGUGCUGGUUAGAUUAACCGACAAUCCGUGGCAGUGCAGUUGCUCGAUGGUCCAAUGGCGUCAAGCCAUCACCAAUCGAAUGAAGAUUUCCAACGUUUCAGUUACAGGAGUCAGCAGCAGUUCUUACAUCUACAGCAAUAAACUAACGCCACGCUGCAGCGAACCGUUGCACAAGAUCCAGAACCGUGGUAUCUAUUACGUUAUUCGCAAAAAUCUUGCCUGCCAUACCGAGGACAGUAAGUACGCCAAGAUGGCUCUACGCAUCAGUGAGCUGAACCGUCGUAAGCAGCUUAUGCUGUUGGAGAAGCGUGCUGCCACACAACGCACCCUGCUGCAUCACUCCCAUGACGUCGUACAGCAACCGAAACCUUCCUUUGCCAAUCCGAUCCCGCAUAAUCCGCUGGUCGGCCGUGAGUUCGACUCAAAAAAAGAGCACCCUUAUCAGCGGCCCAUCGCAGUAGUUCCUAAGUCCAUGCUCUUCGAACAGAAACGACGGCGAUUGCAACAGAAGCUGCGCGAAAAACAGGCCAAACCGGAGCCACGUGAUGCGCAAGAGCCGCAGCUGCCACAGCAUCGUGUUAGUAGCAACGACCUAGAGUACUAA